UGCUUGGAACUCGCGGAGUGGACGGUUGCGUAGUGGUUGCAGGAGGAAAAAGGGCUGACUGCGAAUAGCUAAGUUCUACAGAGGGAUGGUUUGCAGUAUGAGAGGGCAUACUGAUAGAAAGCUGAUAUACUUUUUGAUGCUCCAUUCCAUAAUUUACUAAGGAGAAUGUUGUUUCAAUUAUCUACAUCACUAACGGUGUCGUAGAAGUGUUUCAUUUUUAUUUUACUAUCGUCCUCUUUUUUUUUAGCUUGGCGUGAACUGUACACCCACUACAUUUUUGGCGGUCAUAAUAAUCCCGUUUGAACAUUGCCUCACCAUAGCUGCAAGCUACAACAUGGACAGGAUUCCAGUGUCCUCCAUUGAGCUAAUCUGCUUGGGGUCAAGCUUUGCAUUUUCUGGGUUGUUUUACUACUUGUACAGAAGGAAAAGAACAACAGUGAAAGUGCUGAAGGAAGCCCCACAAUUUCAAAUCAACAAGGAGUUAAUGGAGUUUCUUAAUGCCACUCCAGGAAAAUGUGUGCAGUAUGCUGUCAUAGAAGGAAUUACUCAACCAGUUGGAGAGAGAUUGCGUAGCCAUUAUCAAGAUGACUGCACUGGCGUAAUGCAACGGCUUAUUUUGAAAGAGCACAAACUGAUCUGGAAUAGCUUGGCCAGAAGUUGGAGUGAUAGUGAACGAGUUGUACAUGAAAGAGUGAAUAUCGUACCCUUUGACCUGAUUUCUCCCGAAGGAGGAAAAUAUGCAGUUCGUGUAAUCAACCCACUGGAGGCAUCAGGGCAGCAGUUUGAAACAGUAUAUGAACGAUUUCACCAGGCUACGCAAGGCUUCACGGAUAUCAUUGGGCACUACCUGAGUGGAGAGAAGCCCAAAGGCUUCCUGGAAACUGAAGAGAUAGUCCGUGUUGGGGCCACUUUGACAGGGAUUGGAGAGCUUGUUUUGGACUCUGAUAAGGUCAUCAAACUGCAACCCCCUAAAGAUGGUCUAGAAUAUUUCCUAAGUACCAUGGAUUUCUCAAGUAUACUAAAACAACAGGAAUCAACUAUCAAACUUUGGAAGGUGCUUACAGCCAUCUGCACUCUGACUGGCAUUGCUUUAAUUAUGGUUGUCCUGCGUAGGAUGUACCGGGAGUUUAUUGAAAAGCAGGAGCAGGAGAAAUUAAGGAGGAGUUAUGAACUGUUCAAAGAAAGGAGAGAAACUGCUGAGGCAAGAGCAGUUGGUGAUGAAGAUGAAAUUCCAGCAAAUGCUUGUGUGAUUUGUCUAUCUAAACCACGGGAAUGUGUCUUCCUAACUUGUGGGCAUGUUUGCUGCUGUUAUGAUUGUCAUCGGGCACUCCCCACACCAAUUUGCCCAAUUUGUCGAGGUACCAUAGUCAGAAUAGUUCCCCUUUACCAAGCGUGAGAAUAUUUUGCCCAAUCCAACCAACAUGAUCAGGUGCCUUUUAAUUGCAAUUCUGCAAUCAGGGUAUCAGGCUGCUUUAUUUAUACAGUGGUUAAAAUAGUGUAUUAAUGUCUGAAAUUCCUCCACAUUAGUCACUGUGACCACCCUGACACAUGGGUUUCUGAAUAUACCAUCUUACCUGUUUGUUAUUCUCUAUUUUCAGGCUAUAGAUCUUUGCUGAUUAUUCUUGAUUUAGGUACACUUCACAAAACAUCACAGGAUGUUAUUUGAUAGGAAAUGGUAAUGAUGCCAGUUGGAAUUUUUGACAAGGCAACCUUUCGUAUUUGUCAUAAAGCCAUUGUGGAAUAAAUUGGAAGCAAUGAACAUAACCAACUGGAAUUUAAUCAUAUUUAAUGGUGCUGCCGUACUUAAUGCUUAUUUUUAAAAGCAAAUUCCAGAACUCUGGAAUGACUUUUACUCAGGGUGUAGAAUGGCUGUAUUUCCCUACAAGCUAAAUUAUAGUUAAUGUUCUGAAUUGAAAUCUUUAAAUAUACAAGUUCUUUCAUAAAAAUACUUUCAUUAAUAAUAGGCACUGAACAGAACUAGGCAAGUGAGGCUAGAAACAUGUGAAUGAAUAAACUUAGUUUUUAAUUUCCUUCGCUCAUCUCAAUCUUUCACUUAUCCUUAAGAUAGGAAUUGUAAUGUUUGGAUAGGCGGAAAACCCAGUGACGUGAUAAUCCAUACCAUCAGAGCAGGACACCAGCACCUUUAUGAUCUGUGGUAAGUGAAAUAAAAACUAACAUUUGUUUUUCUUUGCAAUGAAUUUGACAAUCUGUUUCUGUGAUUGCUCUCUACCACUACACGAGCUUAAAACAUUCGUGAAGAGUAGUAGUAGGACUGCUGACUGUGACAAAGCAAUCUCCGAUGCUAAGGGAGAAAAGUGGAGUUGAAGAGCAUAAUAUGGAAAGGACUAAAAAAAAGUGGUGAAGAUUAUUCAGAAAGGUGCUUACUUUUUAAAAUAAAGCUCUUUAAGUAAUCUUAUCUUCACACUUUUAAAUAUAUUUUAUACAGCUUGGUCGCUCAAGCAUCUUGUACAUGCAGUUUAGUAUUCACACCAAAAAAAAUGUUCCUGCAAUUACAUUGGCUUGUUUGCAUUAGUUUAUUUCACCUCUGUAGUUUGUUUAUAAAUGAAAAUUAACAGGAGCCAAUCAGUGCUUCUAAAUGAAAUCUGAUGAUUGAACCUGAUUCUAAAAGGUUUGUGGUUGACUCUUAUUUGUUACAGGCAGCAAGCAUUUUGUUAUGUAAAUUUGUCAAGAUUAUAUAGAUUGAUAUAUAAAACUUAAAAGCUUCCACAUUGAUUUAUUACUAGAGUCUCAGCAUCUUAUGAUGGUCCACUUUUUCAAAAAUACUGUGUUGUUUGUGGAGAACAUGAUGAAAAAUUGACAUUUCUGUGCCUACAUUUACAGUGCCUUGAUAAAGUAUUCAGCCCUCAAAACUAUUUUCACUUUUUAAGGUUUCAUUUUCUAAACCUAUAUUAAAAGUAAUCCACAAAACCUUGGGCAUCAUGUCAAAACAAAAAAAAAAUCCUAAAACCUGUCAACAGUUUCUAAAACUUUAAAAACCAAAUCUGUGAGGCUGAAAACUUAUUCAUCUCCUUUGUAAUUACUAUGCUAACUUUCCUCAGGUGCAAUACUGCAUAUUCCCUUACCAACUCACCCAAUCUGUUGAUAUAGAAAGGUGGAGGAUCACCUGUUUUCAAUGAAUUUAUAAGAAUAAAUAACUCCUUUCUCUGUAAGGCCCAAGAGUAUGGUAGAUAUUCAGCAGAUCAAACCAAAAUGAAGACAAAAGUGUAUUCAAGGCAAGAAAUGAUAAUAGAGAAUCUGAGAAGGGGUACAAGACCAUCUUAUCAUUUCUGAAAGUACCUCGGAGCUCAGUGCAGUCCAUUGUGAAAAUGUGGAAAAUAUAUGAAACCACUGCCAUACUGCCCAGGUGAAGCUGUCCCUCUAAGCUUAGUCACAGAGAAGAAUGGCUCUUGUAAAAGGGACUGUGACACCAACAGUCGUUCUGAAGGAGCUGCAGAUGUCAGUGGUUGUACAUGGAGAUGAUGUUCAUGGUUCCACAAUCUCUAAGGCCUUGCACAAAAAAGGGUAUUUAUGGAAGUAGCAAGGAAGAAGCCCUGGCUGAAAAAAAACAUAUUCUUGCCCGUAAAGAUUUUGCAAAGAGUCACUUAGAAGAUACUGUAAGGAUGUGGUAGAAAGUCUUAUAGUCAGAUGAAACUAAAGUGGAACUUUUUGGCAUCAGUGCUAAGUGGUAUGCAUGGCAUAAAUCUAACUCUGCACAUCAGCCAGAUAACACCAUCCCUACUGUAAGGUAUGAUGGAGGUAGCAUCGUGCUAUGGGAAAUGAGAGAAAAUCUGAAGAUGCUGGAAAUCCAAGCAACACAAAAUGCUGGAGGAACUCAGCAGGGUCUCAGCCCAAAACAUUGACUACUUUUUCCAUAGAUGCAGUCUACAGCAUUCUGUGUUGAUAGUGCUAUGGGAAUGCUUUUCAGUUGCAGGGACUGGAAAUCUGGUCAGGAUUGAUGGGAAAAUGAAUGCUGCAAAAUACAGAGAUCCUGCAUAAAAACCUGCUAGACUCUGCCAGAUAGCUUAAAUGGGGGAGUAAGUUCAUCUUUCAGCAGGACAAUGGCCCAAAGCACACUGCCAGAGCAACCAUGGAGUGGCUUCAAAUGAACAAAAUUGAUGUCCUUGAGUCUCCCAGUCAGAGCCCUGAUUUUAAGAUGAUCGAACAUCUCUAGCAAGACCUCAAGAUUGCUGUCCACUGUCACUCCCCAGCUAACCUGAUACAGCUUGAGAAAUUUAGCAAGGAAGAAUGGGCAAACUUGCUCCAUCACACUGUGCAAAGUUAUUAGAGACUUAUCCAAAAAGACUACUGGCUGUAAUAGCUGUGAGAACUGGUUCAUCUAAAUAAUGAGCAAAGGGGUUUGAAUACUUUUGAACUGUUGACAUUUCAGUUUUUGAAUUUUUAGUUUUUCAUGCUUUAUAAUUUUCCCCAUUUUUGGGGGUGGUGGUUUGGUUCUACUGUGCAAAAAGGAGAUUGUGAUUCACGAAUAAAAAUUGACAGUUAAAUUGA